UGGAGUUCGGAUUUUUAGAUCCAACAAUGAAGAAAGGGUUUUAGGGUUUUGGACAGGACAAUCUGAUUCAAAUUCAGAGACGCAUUCGAUUUCAGAAAGAAAAAGGUGAUUUCGUUUCGAACAAUCCACGCAUUGAUGUUCAGUUCAUCGUACAUAGCUUCAAUUCGUAGGAAUUUCUACAUUAGGGUUUUUUCACCCACGGAAAAUCCAUGUCGAUUUCGAUUUACCCCAUUUUCGUCAUCUUCAUCCACCUCAAAAACUGAAAAUCGAAACUCGUUCGCCGUCAAUUACCUGAUAAACACAUUAGGAUUUUCGCCGGAAAAGGCCUUUUCGGCCUCCAAGUACCUGAAAUUCGAUUCGCCGGAGAAACCAGACGCCGUCGUCGCUUUCUUAAACAACCAUGGUUUCACCGGAGAUCAAAUCGGAAGUCUAAUUAGAAAAUUCCCCACCAUUAUACUACGGAACCCCAACAACUCCCUUUUGCCCAAGAUUCAAUUUUUCCAAUGUUUGGGAUUCUCCGAUUCUCAAGUGAAAAAUAUUCUCUUGUUAUCGCCUUGUAUUACCUGCAGGAGUUUGGAUGGGCACAUCAAACCAACUUUCAGCUACAUAAAGAGCUUGUUCGACGCAAACGGAACAUGCCUCAGCCAGUUAAAACUCGCCACCGAGGCAUUGCGCUGCGACCUCGAGUCUCGAUUGCUGCCCAACAUCGAGGCCCUGAAGGGGGCGGGGGCCCCCUCCUCGAGAAUCGUGUACUUGCUGCAGCACUUUCCGAGAGUAAUUAAUCAAGAUUCGGGAAAAUUUAGGAAAACCGUGGAGGAUGUUAAGAAACUAGGGUUAGAUCCGUCGAGGGUGUCGUUUGUUAUAGCACUUCAUGUAUUAAUGGUGAUGAGUAAAUCGGGGUGGGAGAAGAGGGUCGAGGCUUAUAAGAAGUGGGGUUUCUCGGAAAACGAGAUUACGGUAGCUUUUGGGAAGUUCCCUAACUUCAUGACAAGAUCACUAGAUAAAAUAACGGGUGUCAUGGAUUUCUUUGUUAACGAAAUGGGGCUCGAUUAUUCUUUCGUUUUGCGUGCACCGGGGCUAGUUUCGUACAGCUUGGAGAAAAGAAUUAAACCGAGAUCUUUGGUUUAUAAAAAGUUGUUGGAAAGUGGUUUGAUCAGUAAAGGCAAGAGCUCCCGAUUGGCUUCCAUGUGCAAGUGCGCGGAGAAGGAUUUCUUGAAGAGGUACGUGUUGUACUAUGACGAAAUCGCCCCUGAGCUAGUUGAUAUGUAUCGGAAAGAAUUGUUGGCUAUUUCGAAGAGUAAUUAAAGAUUUUGCUUCUUGUAAUACAUUCGAUUUCUGAUUGGUGUUUGUUAAUCUCGAAAUUCAGCUAUGUUUUGAAAUGGAAUAUGCCAGAAUUUGUUAUUGCAUUCUUCA